AUGCCUCAAGUGGCGCUCUUGGUCCCCCUCCAUCCACCGCACAACUGUCCUCUAUGUCUCCCCAUUCCUAGGGAGUACAUCGAUCAUGCGGGCCUUGUCCGCCACUUAAGGAGGGAACACGCCACUGAGCUAAGCUUUGAAUGCUGGGUCUGUGGUCUCAUAAUGCCAAAGCUGAAACCCAUGAAAGCCCACCAGCUAAAGGACGGCGCCUGUAGAGCCAGUAUCGAGGCCUCUACUCCACCAGCUCCUAUACCUGAGAAUAGGAGAAUUCGCCGCUUUCACACCAGACCCAGGCAACGCCGAGACCGUCGGGCCACCUCCACUCCGCCCACCAACGAUGAUCCAUCUUCACAAUCGGCAAACAGCCCAUCACCCACUGAGGGCGACUGGACGCCAGUGACACGUCGUCGGAGCAACCGGAGGAGAUCGAAUGGCGCUCAGCAGCGCCGGGCCACUCGCCCCGCACCUACCUCGUCUCCGACCAGUGCGGGCCCCCCCGUGGCACCCGAUCCUAUUCCUCCCCCCAGCGGCACUCCGCCACCCGUUGCUCACCACACUGCGUCCCCACCGCCUCCCACUCCAAACCUGACUACACGCAAUAGUCAGCGUACCAUUGCCCAGUCUCCCAGACUCCAGCAUCCACCUUCCUUUCACCAAAUCCCGCAGACGACAGACUUGCCCAUUCUGCUGGGCACAAGGCUGUCUCCUUGUGCGGACCCUUCGAUGGAGCACCCACAACCACCCUCGCAGUCUUCCUCAGCUGUCCCCAGCUGGGCCUACGCCUGGAGGGAUAGGUUUGAUGUGGCUCUCGAUCCGGAUAUGCUGGAGGUCAUGGUCGAUGACUUCGUGGCGCUGGCACAACAAAUUUGUGACGUCAGGGUCUUCGAACCCUCUAACAACAAUCGUCACCAGCCAGUCUCAGCCACCGAUCCUAGUAGAAUCCAAAGGUUGUACAGGAUCAAUAGAAAACGGGCAAUGACCAUAAUAACUGAGGGCCAGCCAACCUACUGCAACAUAGACCGAGACCAGCUAUACCAACACUUUCGGUCAGUCUAUGCCGCUUCUUCUCAACAACAAGGCCCACGUCCAUCGUCCUUCCCAACAGCCUUGCACCACGACUUUAAUGAUCCACUAUCUGCACCCUUCACUCCAUCUGAAAUCCAAACACGCUUCAAGCGUUGUCACAACACCGCUCCAGGGCCUGAUGGGCUCAGAUACCACCAUUGGAGCCGGAUAGACCCGCACGGUGUCAUGUUGUGCAGCUUGUUCAACGCGGUGCAAAGGACGUCACACACUCCUCGCUGGUGGCGGUGUUCCAACACCAUCCUCCUCUACAAAGACGGCGACAAGCAGGAUGUUAACAACUGGCGCCCGAUCGCCCUGUCCUGCACUUUAGGCAAGAUAUAUUCUGCCUGUCUCGCCAGCCGUCUCUUAUCUUGGUGCCUAGACAACCGCAUCUUCUCCAACUCACAGAAGGGGUUUCUCCCCUACGAAGGCUGUCUAGAGCACAAUUUCUUACUGCAAGCCACCAUCAAAGACGCCAGGCGUCGGCGAUCCGAAUGCCACAUUGCGUGGCUCGACAUUGCCAACGCCUUUGGUUCCGUCCCCCACCACACCAUUAUCCAAUGUCUCGAGUGGUGUGGACUUAGCGAGGACAGCAUUACCAGCAUCUCUAACUUACUAGCUAAUUGCUCCACUAGAGUCAGAGCUAGCGAUGGUUACACAGACAGCAUCCCCAUCCUCUCUGGGGUUAAACAAGGAUGCCCCCUCAGCCCGUUAAUUUUUAAUAUUGUAAUUGAGACGGCUAUCCGUCACGUCAGAAGCCUGAAAGAGGGCUACACUCUCAUGGGCGAGGAGGUAGGCAUCAUUGCAUAUGCUGACGAUCUGGCCUUAGUCAGCGCCACUAAAGAUGGACUACAGCGGCAACUGGAUGCCAUCACCGAGUGGGCUGACUGGGCGGGCCUCAGGUUCAAGCCCAGGAAGUGUGCCACACUGUCGAUCAUUGGAGCCCGGCAUACUUCAGACAACAACAUCACCUUCAGUCUGCAAGGCUCGCAACUCCCCAGUCUCCGCCCCGAUGAAUCCUAUAAACAUUUUGGGGUUCCCACUGGGUUCGCCACAAACCCAACUGAUUCCAACAUUUUUCAAAAGAUAACGGAUGACAUCACCCGCUUGGAUCACUCUAAACUAGCUCCUUGGCAGAAGAUCGACGCUACGAAUACCAUCCUCCUGCCAAGGUUAUCUUUCCACCUGCUAGUGGGUUCGAACCCAAAGCAACCCCUACACAAGCUGGAUCGCCACAUAAUUAAGCACGCCAAAAAAUGGCUAAAUCUACCCCAGAGGGCAAGCUCUGAAAUUGUUAAUAUCGAACAUGACUACGGAGGCGCAAACAUCUCCUCCUGCUAUACCCUCGCAGCCAUUUCUCAGGUUACACAGGCGAUGCACUUAUUUACUUCCAAGGACCCCACCAUCUGUUCCUUGGCUCUCAACUUCCUCAAAGAUGUGGUCAAGAAGAGAAUAUACCGCGACCCGUCUUUAGAGGACGUUUGUACCUACCUGAACGGGUCCAUGAGUGACGAAUUUGGUGCAAAAUCUUAUGACAUCUCGUCUAUGUGGACUCGCCUUCGCAUAGCCACUCGUCGGCUUCGCAAAACCAUCAAUUGCGAAUGGAUUCCGGUAGGCGACACCAUUGCCAUCGCCUGUGAUGACCACCUGGUCACCAGAUCCAGCUGCACAAAAAUCUUGUCGAUGAAAUUCAAGGCGGCGCAACUUACCCGCUUGCUUAGGAAGCCUGAUCAAGGCAAGGCCUAUAGAUGUAUAGCCAAGCACCCCGCCAGUAAUCACUUCCUACGCAGCGGCAAUUACACCACAUUUGCGGACUGGAGAUUUGUCCACCGCGCCCGCCUGAGCGUUGUCCCGCUCCAUGGUCUUCGACGUUUUGGCAAUACCUCCAAAAAGUGUAGGAGAUGCAGCCACCCCCAGGAAACAUUGGCGCAUGUGCUUAAUCACUGCACAAGAAAUUUGCACAUUGCCACCAAGCGCCACGACGCAGUAUUGGGGAGACUUCAACGUGCAAUCCGGCCCGACAACCUUCAAAUCUACAUUAACCAGCAAGUCCCCGGAUUCGACAGCCGCUGCCGCCCAGACCUCGUGGUAAUAUGUGAAGACGCCAAAACAGCUACAAUAGUAGAUGUCUCCAUCCCCUUCGAGAACGGGCAAGAGGCAUUUACUAUCGCCAGACAGUCCAAGGUGGAAAAAUAUAGGAGCCUAACCGACCACUUCAGAAGUUUGGGUUACGAUACUGUAUGCGAUGCGUUCAUCCUGGGAUCUCUCGGCGGAUACGACAUCAACAAUACAUCCAUCAUCCAACGGCUAGGUAUCUCCCGAAAGUACAGCAGCACCAUGAUCAAACUCAUGGUUAGCGAUACAAUUCGCUGGAGUCGGGAGAUUUACCACCACCACCUCCAAACCUUCCACUAG